CAGAUAGAUUCUUUAAAUGAAGAACUACUUAAAGUUAGAGAGGCUCUUAAUAAUCAUCCAGAUUUAGAUCCGUAUGUGAAGAAACUAAUAGCUUGUAAACAUAAAGUCACUGUUGUACUUAAUGUCUUACAAGCAUCUCAAGAUAGAUUAAAUGAAAUAAGACGGAUGGUGAAUAAAGAGAAAAGUGUAAGGAAAGUUGCCGAAACACCAUCAGAACCAGAACAAAGUACAAGUAGCGGUAUAACAGCUCAGGGUGGCAUUAAUUAACAUGGAAACUCCAUAUCAGAACCACAUUAAGAAAGAAGACUUCAACUAUGUUUACGAACCGGCAGAAGACAGCUUCUUGCUGAUUGAUGCAUUAGAAAAAGACCUUGAAUAUCUAAAUAAGAAGAAUCCGACAUUUUGCUUAGAAGUUGGUUCAGGCAGUGGUGUUAUUAUCACAGCAUUUGGCAUGGUAUUUCCUAAUACAGUAUGCUUUAGUACGGAUAUAAAUUUUAAAGCAUGCUUAAUGUCACACAGCACUGCGAAACAUAAUAAUGUUAAAAUGGACGCCAUCAACAUGGAUUUAGCUACAUGCUUUGUUCAGAACAAGUUUGAUGUGGUUAUUUUUAAUCCUCCAUAUGUUGUAACGGAUUCUGAGGAGUGUGGUAGUCAUGGUAUAGAGGCGAGUUGGGCUGGUGGUGUCAAAGGCAGGGAAGUCACUGAUAGACUUCUUUAUAUGAUACCAAAGAUAUUAACUCCGGGUGGCACCUUUUACCUUCUGCUGAUAGAAGAUAACAUUCCAAAAGAAGUUGUUCAAAUUAUGUCUAAACUUGGUUUCAAAUCAGAGACAAUUAUCGAGAGAAGAGUAAGGAAUGAACGGCAAUUAGUUAUAAAAUUUUAUAAAUAAAAAAUUUAUUAAUCAUAAUAAAAUAUAGAUUAUAAGAUUUAUCAACAUAAA